UCAAAAGAAUGGAGUAGAAUGUAAAACCGGUUGGAGCCCAUCUGGGGCCAGCUCAAGUAUCGAGAUGUCGAAGUUUCAAAAUAAAUUUAUUUGAAGUCAUAAUGUGGAUAAUAAGUGAUAUUUUGACGCUUCCCAAGGUGCGUCAUUUUUAUUAAACGAUGUCAAGAAGAUAAAUUAUGCCUCGAAAAGAAAACACAUUAAUAAUUGUUUUAGCAAAGCUAAAACAUGGGAGCGAGACAGACGAAAACGAAUGAAUACAUACUUCAAGACCUUAGCAGAUCUCUUACCUCCACAUCAAGAGGGUCGCAAGCGCAACAAAGUUGAUAUAUUGAUUCAUGCAUCCAAAUAUAUCAAAGAUCUUCAUGUUCGUACAGAAGAAUUAUUCUUUGCUCAUGCAUCGGAAGCUCACAAAGAAGAACUAGCACGUUUGAAAAAACUUGUAACGCUACUAUUUUCACGAACACAAUUACUUUCAACUUUGCUUCAAGAAGCUGGAAUAUCUGUACCUGCAGAACCAGCUUUAGAAAGGAUAUCUCCAUUAAAAUGGUCGAACAAGAUUAAUGUAGAAGAUGUAGAAAAAUAUUUUACAAAAGAAAAAGCUUCUGAGAAAAAGAAAGAAAAAUCUGCAGACAGUAAAGUGCCUUUAAAUAAAAAAUCUCCAUCCCAAACAUCUUCAAAAAAAGUUUUGGAUGAAUCCAAUAUUUCUAAAAAUUCAUCUAUUGAAAAUCAGGAAAAUCGUUUGAAUUGUGUGAAUAAUAAAGAUAAUGAAUCAAAUAAUUUAGGCAAUGAUUCACAAAUUGAAUGCAGAGAGAAUAAUGUUCAAAUUGAAAAAGGUGAAAUUUCCAAAAGUUUUGGAAACAACAGACAGACUAUAAAAAAUGCUAUACGAAAAAUAGAAAACCGGAAAAAAGUUAAAAAGAAAUCCAAAAUAAAAGAUGCUAAGAAGCCUUCAUCCAUAUGUAUAAAUAAUUCUGUAACAAAUUUAACACCAAACACUUUAAUUUUAUCAGGUGGAAAAUUGGUACCUUUAGUAACACCUAUGACUUCUUUAACAUCCAAUAUAAUAGUCAAUACACAACCACAAUCAGUAAAUCCAAUAAUUCUUAGUAAUGCUCAGCAAAGUCAAAUGAUUGUCAUGCAGCCUUUAACAAAUCAUGUACAAAAUUCUGUGGUUUCUAUUCGAAAGCAGGGUGUUAUAAAUACCAUGCAGAAGGUUACUUUAAAUACAAUGUCGAACAUUAGAUCAAAUUUGGUUGUAGAUUCGCAAAAUUGGGCGUCUAAUGUAAAAAAUAUAAUUAAUUCUACACGAAUAGGUGGUCAUAAAGGUAUUUUACCAAAAGGAAAAGAAGUUACUAAAACAACUAUGACUUACAAAGUUCCUAUUCCAGCAAUUCAUAAAGAAAAAGUAGAUAAAUUUAAAGAAAGCUCUAACCGAAAAGAAUCUGAAGGAAAAUCUAAAAUUAAUAAAAAUAAUGUCAAAAAUAUUAAAAAUACGUCGCUUACAGAAGAAGCAACAACAGAAAAAAUUGUCAAAGAGAAGAGCACUCAGUGUUUUAGCGAUAAUAUGUCUACUGAGAAAGUACCAUAUAAACGAUGUUUAAGCAUUGAAAAUAUAUCUUCUGAUGAACCUGAAGAUAAAAAACGAAAAGGAGAUGAUAUAGAUAUUACAACGGUAUCUAGUUCGAGUAUUACGAAUUUUACAGCAACAUGCAAAUCUAUUGAAAGCUUGAAGCAUGUCAUAGAAAAAAUUGGAGAAAAUUCAAAUGAAAUCCAAGAAAAAAAUCAUACGUCUGUGACGAAACAUGGUGAAAUAAUUACAGAAUCAAAUAUUACAAAUUCAAAUUCAUUAUCACCUAAUAACACAGCCAUUGAAAAUAUUCCUGAUCCUUCUGAACCAAUAGUUAAUAUGAAUUCGAAUUAUUCACAUAAUGAAGAAAAACCUGUACAAAAUAAAAUUAUAUCGCCACAAGGUUCUCCAAGCAAUACUUCUUCUGAAUUAAGUGGAGCAAAUGAUGCAAUGAUGUCAACUUCACCUACAACUGGAUAUGAUAUCCCUGUAGACAACGAAGUAGAAAAAAUCGUCAAUACUAAAGAAUCUUCAAAUGCAAAAUCCACCUUACCUGAAGUUGCUGAAACAGUACAAAGUGCAGUAGAAUCAGAAAGAAUAAAAGAAGUAUGUAAUUUAGGUACACAAUUCGAUAGUCUUUUACGUGUAAAUGCCAAAGGCCCUGAAAUGUUGGAAGGAACAGUAAAUUUAGAAAGUAACAAGAUUAUUUUAAAUUUGGAUACAAAUACAACCACAGCAAUGAAACCUGAAGCGAGUACAGCCAUUAUUCAAACAUCAGCAAUAACAACAUCAACUUCAUUAAAUUCUGUAAAUAUACAGAAUGAUGAUAUAAAAUUAGUUAGAUCAUCAAAAGAAGAUAUAUCCAAAUGUUUACCAUACAAUGCAGAUAAUAGUUUCAUUCCAAUUAAUAGCAGAACAGAAGCACUUCAUUCUGAUUUAUCAAAUGAUAUAUUUGCUUCUCUACAAGUACCUUCUAAUUCACAUAAUACUGAGUCAAUAUCACCUACAGCAGCUUUCUUAAUGGCAUUUCCAUUAGUGUCAUCUUUAAAUGGAAAAACUGAAGUUCUUGAUGAAGAAAUGAAAGAAGACUUUAAAUAUCAUAGUCAAACACCACCUAUGCUUUUACAAAUUGGUAGUAUGGAACCAAAUAGCUUCAAAGUUAGAGUAUCAACAUCUCCAAUGUUUGAAACAGUAACUGAGAAAUGUUUAAAACCGACAUGUGAGAACAAGAAAGAUAUUGUUACGUCUACAAGCGUGAAUAUUCAUUCGGAAAUUAUGCUUCCCAUUGUCUGUACAUCGACAACAAGAGUUGUACCAAAGAUCGUAAGUGAGGAAACACUUAAAGAGCCAUACAAAAUGAUACAAUCUACAUUACCAUCAGUUUUAGAAAAAUCGGCUGAUUUAACAAAUACUUUUUCUCAUGCAUCUUCUACAUAUUCUAAUGUAAAUUCAUCACCAGUUACAUCAAAUACUACUUGUACAAAUAAAGAUUGUCAGAAGCAGACAACUACAGUAUUUCAGAAUAACACAGAAUCUAUUGCAACUGAAAAUGCAGUAUCUCAGGCACAUAUCACUGCCACUUCGAUAAUAAAUAAAAGUAUUGACAGAAAUCCUGCUAUACGAACUUCAGAUUAUAAUAAUGUUCAGUACUCUGACACACAAAGUUUUUUGCCAAAUUAUCCAACUAUAGCAAAUAGCAACCAAAGAACAUUGCAACAAAAUACGUCUACUUUUAUGGAUACAUCUACAGCAGAAGAUUCAGGUAACAUUGGAUCAUCGCGAAAUAUCAUGAGUGAUAUAUCUCAGAUGUCACUUGCCUCUUGCCUCAACAAUAUUACAACCACAACUACUUCAUCAUCUACAAGUUUGGGGUCUUUACAAACUGAUUAUGCACCACAAAUAAAAGAUAAAGAUUCGCAAGAACGUCAGCAUGCAGCUUAUGUAGCUCAGAAUAAAGAAUCUCUCAUUGAUACUGCAUUGGUACCUAAUCAUCGUCUUGAUUAUGCUGAAGUUCACGAGUCACUUCCUACACCAUCUCAAAAUUUGCAACAGAAUUAUCCAGCACAUACAAAGGAUCCAUCAACUCCAAUUCUUUCUUCUCAGGGAAUGCAACCUGUCUAUAAUACACAUACAAAAGAAUCAAAUUGCAUUGAUGUAUCACAUAAUUCACAACAGACAUUUGAUAUUCAUCAGAAAGAUCAUAUGGAUCAACAUUCUCAUACUGAAUACUGUAAGGAUCAGACCAAAAAUUUACCAUGCAAAAAUUCUAUAUCAUAUUCUUCAGGAAAUGAAAAUGAGCGUUCAUCUCAUAAUCAAAGUUAUACGAAAUUAAAUAAAGAUUCCAAUAAUGAGAACAAUAACAACAUAGAACAAGGCACAAAAUUAAAUACUGUCUUAGGAUCGAAACAGCAAGAACAUUCCGAUGAAAGACGCGAUACGAAUUAUGUAUCUACGAAAAAAGUCGAUAUUGAUCCAUUCGGACAAACAUUUUCAUAUGGAGUAAAAUCAACAAUAAGUACACAACCAGAUCAAACUGAUGUAAAUCCAAAUGUUGUUACAAUGUUUCAAGAAAAACAUAACACUUCAAAUUAUACUCCUUUUUCUAAUAAAGAUAUUAAAAAAGUGAAUACUAAUACAACCAAUACUAUAACAAGUAAAUCUCUUAUUCAAGAUACACCUACAUUGCUUUAUACUCAACAACAAAUGCCUUCCUUUGUAGCAACAUCGAAUUAUGAACAGAGUACUAUUACAGAUAAUCAUACAAAAUCAAUGACAACAGUUGCUCAUAAUUCAUCCAAUUUCAGUAUCCUUUCAUGGACAACAUUUUCACCAGUUGGUGGAUGUGGUAAUAAUAAUCCACAAUUUGAACAGGGAUCCCAUCCAAAUGAUAAUACAGAUGGAAAAACGAUUUGUGAAAAUUAUAACUAUGUCCCUUUGCACAAAGAAAAUUCAGGCUUUUCUGAUGUUCUAACAACCGAUACUUAUUCAACUCAUCCAAAUGUGAGUGGCAUUGAUAAAUUAAGAAUGAAAACAGAUGUGGACACACAAAAACCCUUUGUAGAUGCUGCAAAAAAUAGAAACGUACAAUCUACUGCAUCAUCAUCAACAACAAAACAAAAUCGUUUGCAAAAUCAGACUCAAACAUCAAAUAAUAAUGAUUACAAAUUUAGUACUGAGAAUAAAAGUAAAUCAAAAUAUGAAAUAAAUUCAGAUUAUAUACAAACAGAAUAUUCCAAUAUAAGUGAACAAACACAACAAGCAUCACAACAACAUGGACAAAAAAAUCAUCAAAGCUUAUCUGCUAAACAGGAUAAAUCAACAUAUCCAAUAUCAAGCUAUGACUCACAUAUUAAUUUUGAUGUACCAGAAAUUAGUACACAAUUGAAGUAUUCCAUUGAAACUUAUGUUGGAGCUAAUUUUAAAUAUGUUGAUAAAAUACAACAACAUGGUCAGCAUAGAUAUCAACUUUUAAAUCAAACUCAAGUUCCUUCCCUACAACAGGGAAGUACUACUUACAAUAGCGACGUGAAUAAACACAGACAGCAACAACAAAGUAGCAACAAAUUAAAAAAUAAUCAACAACAACAUACAAUUAGAGCUCCAGUAAAUUGGAUGAUGACACCAGAAUUUAAACAUAACACAAGUAUCACAGAUAUUAUUUUUCCACCAAUUGGUAAAGAAUUGGAAUUUUGUCAAAAUAAUCUUUUUACCCAAACGCCAUCUUAUAAUCAAAGUACUCCAAAUCAAUUUUACAAUAAUUAUGAUGUUGCAGCACAUAGUUUUUCCAAUUUGUCAAUGUUGCAAAGUGAGCAAAAAAGACCCACUGAGGCAUUUUAUUCAGAGGAGCAACCUUUUCCCUGGUCACCAACAAAAAAUGCUGUUCAUAAUGUAGAACAGAAUCUUGGACAACAGAGUAUAAAAGCUAUAGAUCAACAUGCUGUUUCUUCUACAUUAUCAACAUUAGUAAGUGAUUUGGACUUAGGAACAAACGUAUCGGAAAAACAAAACUUUUUACUUGGACAAGUACCACCAAGAAUAUUGAUAGAACAGAAUAAAGAAUUGAUUAGAGAUAAAGAAGAAAAUGUCCUUGGACGAGAUUUUCACACAGUUUUGAGUACACAAAGUGUUCCACAUUCGGCACAAGGGUCCUCUUUUUUAUCAGUAAGUCAGCUAGUAGAACAAGAAAAGGCAGAAAAAACACAACAACAACAUUAUCAUUUACACCAUCAUCAUCCACAUCAACAUCAACAUCCUCAUCAUCAUCAACAACAACAACAGCAGCAGCAGCAACAGCAACAACAACAGCAGCAACAACAACAGCAACAACAGCAACAAACAAAUAGAAAGCAUCAAAGAAAAAAUAAUGUAAGUCCUAGAGGUAAUAACAAACGACAAAUAGAUAUUCGAAAACAAACUCCAACAAAUGAGCAACUUCAUCAAAGACACGAAGAACAAAAAACAUCGAGUCUUACGUUCACAGAGCAAGCUUAUCAACAUCAACAAAAAUAUCAACAAAACAAUGCUUAUUGGAGAAGUAGAAAUUGUAAAAGCAACUAUACAGCAGAAGCGUUAAUUAGUUCAAAUUCUAAUAUCAAUGAUGCUAAUCAUCAAGAUAAGCACACAUCCAUAAAGCUUGUUUCUAGUCAUUCACAAAAUAAAUUCCAAAGUAGCCUACCAACCACUGAUGCAGUGAUGCCACUUAAUUAUUUUUCAAAUACAGAUGACAAUACAGGAUAUGGGCAAAUGGUUAAUCAGAAUUUUAAUUCUUAUACAUAUUCGUCAAAUGCUAAUAUCUAUCCCACUUCAACUUUUAUAACUAGCAUACCAAAUACAUCUAGCAGUUAUAUGAUGCCAUUGCAUGAAAAUACGGAUUAUAUGGAGGUAAAUGCUUUUCUGCUACCAAAUACAGCAAUAACAACAGCAGCAUCUACUUCUACCACUUCAACAAUUAAUGUAUCUACAAGUGCAACUCCACAAAAACAUCAAAAUUAUGGAAAACAUCAGAACUGUGAUAAACGCUCCUAUGCAUCAACUGCAAAAAAGGGAAAAAGAAAAGGUUUAGAGGGGACAAUACAAAAUAUUGAAUUCCCUCUUGCUAAUAUGAAUUCACCUCUAGAAGAUUAUCAUCAAUCAAAUUCAUUUUUACCACCUUUGCCACAUGCAAAUUCUCUUUAUCAAAAUCAUCCACAAACAAACAUGUAUACAAAGGCUGUAAAUAGUCUACCACCACCUCCACCACCACCUGUUGCUGGGAAUCAAAAUGUGCCUACAAUAACACCUGCUGGUUUUUCUGUAAAUCCAAAUAUUCCCAGAGUUCGAGUUGUCACAAGUAAUUCAGUGACCAUGUCUCAUCAUCCAUCUGGAACCAGCCUUACCAAUUUUAAUUUAAGUACAAUUUUUCCUGAAAUGAAUGACAAAAUAACUGGAUACAAACCUACAAGUGGUAUUCCACCUGGUCCAACUCAACUAUCUAAUCAUGGAUCUGUAUCCUAUGCACAACGAAUAAAUUACACAAAUUCUUUAUGUCACUUACCUCAGGUUUCAGAAACUAUGCAGUUUAGUAACGACGUUACUUCUGUUACAUCUCGUUCUGCUUCUACUGGUCCAGCUCCUCCACCUCCUCCACCACCGCCGUUACCGCCAUCAGGAGUAAUUCAUUAUAAAAAUGUAUAAUAAUGUUUAUAGUUUAGUAUUAAUUAAUCAACAUUAUUUUAUCAAGUACAAAUGUAUAUAUGUAAAUAAUAAUAUAGACAAAAAUUAAAUUAACAAAUUAUUCAGGAGAAA